UAUAUAGAGAGGGUGUGAAUGAAGUUUGUCUUCAAAUACAUGAUAGGCAAUUUAAUAAAAUUACAUUCUAGCUAAUAUUUUUAAUCUGAUAGGGCUGUUAGCAAAGAUUCAAAAAAUAGAGAGGCUGUUCUUAAAGAUAUUAUAAAUUAGAGAGGGUGUAAUUGAAAUUUUCCCUUCUUUUUUUUUUUUUGGUCAUGAUCCGCGUCUCUUUCUAAUCUGUUAGUUUAUCUUUCUACCUUCUCUCUAAAACACAGGAAAUCCAAACCGGAACAAAUCAAUGGCAACUACUCCCACAAACCCUACCGACACCGCCAAAACCACGAUGUGUCUCCAAGACAUCGACGAGGUCAAGCGAGUCUUCAACCGCUUCGACGCCAACGGAGACGGCAAGAUCUCGGCGACGGAGCUCUCCGACGUCAUGAAAACCCUCGGAUCCGACAUCUCCGCUGACGAACUCUCUCGAAUGAUGUCCGACAUCGACACUGACAAGGACGGGUUCAUCAAUCUCGACGAGUUCGCCGACUUCUGCCGGAGAGACAACGACGAAGGAGGGAUCAAGGAACUCCGGGACGCCUUCGAACUCUACGACCAGGACAAGAAUGGGAAGAUCUCUGCGGCUGAGUUGCACCAGGUUCUAACUAGGUUGGGCGAGAUCUGCUCCGUCGAAGACUGUGCCAGAAUGAUCGCGUCCGUUGAUUCCGACGAUGAUGGGAACGUCAACUUUGAGGAGUUCAAGGAGAUGAUGACUAACAAGAAGACUGAUAAGUGUUGAAAUCGUGGUUGCGAUGUACUAGGGGCACCGGAUUAUGUUACGUGAGCAUAUACGGAAUCGUUGCUCUCGACAAAGUUUUAGGGUUAUGUUUAAUAAAGAUGAAUAGUAUGACUUUGUUGGAUUUUAUUAUGUUAUCUUCCUUUUGUGUUUUUUGUCAGUUGUGAUGCACGUAGCACGUGGCACGUGGCAAGGCACCU